AUGUCCUCCUCUUCCCAAACCCCUGCCCAAUGGGUCAGCGACAUUACCUACAACGACGACGAUUAUCUACAAACAUGUGACGUCUGCGUCCCGUCAGCUACAACGCAGGCUUCUGGGGGUCUCCAAAUCGUUCCGUCCCGCCGUGUCACUGCUCACUCAGGCGCCAGGGUCGGAUACGCUUCCGUCAACUACCGAUUCUCUCCGUCGGACAAGCAUCCCCAGAACCAGUCAACCCCGGCCUUUGAGAGACGCAAUGCCAAAUGGCCAGAGCAUCUCGAAGAUGUGUGUGCGGCUGUUCGGCAGCUGCAAUCCAAGUACUACUUCGGAACGAACUACAUCAUCGCCGGUCACAGUGUCGGCGCUACCCUCGCUCUACUGGUUGCGCUCAAGGCCCGAGAGUUCGACCUUGCGCCGCCGACAGCGGUGCUAGGACUGAGUGGCAUCUACGAUUUCCCAUUGCUUCAUAAAGCUCAUCCAGAAUACGAAGCACUCACUUACAACGCCAUGGCGAGGGAAGCAGAAAUCGCCUCCAGCCCGGCGCUCCACGAUGUGCAGGCGUACCUGACCGCCGGAGUAUCUCAUGUCCUGUUGGCGCACUCACGCGACGAUGGCCUCGUGCCAUGGGAUCAGGUGGAGCGAAUGGAACAGACGUUGAAAAAUGUGCGCCCCGGCUACGUGCAAACGCUCGAGCUUUUUGGGAAACAUAACGAUAUUUGGGCCGACGGCCAAGAGGUCGCGAGGGCGAUCAAUGCUCUCCUGGAGAGUUUACGAGUAGGUGCCUAG